GCCUGUGCCUCAGCCCCACGCCCAUCUGAUCUUGCAGGUGCAGCCAGUAUGGGGGAGCCCCAGGGUUCCAUGCGGAUUCUAGUGACGGGCGGCUCUGGGCUGGUGGGCAGAGCCAUCCAGAAGGUGGUGGCGGAUGGGGCCGGGCUGCCUGGAGAAGAGUGGGUGUUUGUUUCCUCUAAGGAUGCUGACCUCACGGACGCUGCGCAGACCCGAGCCCUGUUUGAGAGGGUCCGGCCCACGCACGUCAUCCACCUUGCCGCAAUGGUGGGCGGCCUGUUCCGGAACAUCAAAUACAACCUGGACUUCUGGAGAGAAAAUGUGCACAUCAACGACAAUGUCCUGCAUGCCGCCUUCGAGGGGGGCGCACGCAAGGUGGUGUCCUGCCUGUCCACCUGCAUCUUCCCAGACAAGACCACCUACCCCAUCGAUGAGACGCAGAUCCACAAUGGGCCGCCCCACAGCAGCAACUUCGGCUACUCCUACGCCAAGAGGAUGAUCGACGUGCAGAACAGGGCCUAUUUCCAGCAGCACGGCCGCACCUUCACCGCGGUCAUCCCCACCAACGUCUUCGGGCCCCACGACAACUUCAACAUCGAGGACGGCCACGUGCUGCCGGGCCUCAUCCACAAGGCGCACCUGGCCAAGAGCAGCGGCACGGCCCUGACUGUGUGGGGCUCUGGGAAGCCUCGGCGGCAGUUCAUCUACUCACUGGACCUGGCGCGGCUCUUUGUUUGGGUCCUGCGGGAGUACAACGAGGUGGAGCCCAUCAUCCUGUCAGUGGGCGAGGAGGACGAGGUGUCCAUCCGGGAGGCGGCCGAGGCCGUGGUGGAGGCCAUGGACUUCCGAGGGGAGGUCACUUUUGACACAACCAAGUCAGACGGGCAGUUCAAGAAGACGGCCAGCAACAGCAAGCUGCGGGCCUACCUGCCGGACUUCCGCUUCACGCCCUUCAAGCAGGCCGUGAAGGAGACAUGUACCUGGUUCACCGACAACUACGAGCAGGCCCGGAAGUAAGCGGACGGCGGCCCUCAGCCUGGCCAGCUCGGAGCACGGCCUCUGCCCGGGUGCCCCUGGCCGGGACUGUCACAGCUGUCCCCAGGGAGACCGCGCAGGCAGGUGGCCCUGCGUGGCCCCGCACCUGGUCCCCACUGCAGUGGCCAAUAAAGCGCUUUCCUGCAGGACCCCUGCGGCAGCUGG